AUGUUUUUAUUUAGGGAAUAAACAAUUGCAAUGUUAAAAUGCCUUAUCUUAAUCUAUUUAAUAUUUAUAGCCUUCUAAUUCUAGACUGCUUUUUUAGCUAAAACAGAGGCUUUUAUAGAAAUGAAAAUUUGUGCACCAGAAUAUAAAUAAAAUUCAUGUUCUGAUAUUUUAUUUUAGAUUCUUUGGUUUAAAAAUGCAAGGAACUAGAAAUUUGCAUAACCAAGAUUUAGUAAUGAAAGUUAGAACCAAAAAGCUUUAGCUUAAAGUAAUGUAAAUUCCAUUGUAAGGUUUUUUAAGGAUCUUUCUAUAAAAAUAUGCUUGUGUGUGUGUAAUGCUAAGUUUAAUUGUAUUAAUUUCAAGUAUUGAAAAGUUGAUUAUUAAUAUAAAUUGAGUUUUUAAUAAUUGUUCUCAAUUUUAAUAACAUUUAAUGUUUCGAGGCAAUUUUAAUAGAUAAUCUCUUAAGCCAUAAGUGGUUACUUUUUAAAAUGUUCUGGACUAAGUCAAUGCUCUUGAUCAUAGAGCUCUUAGUGUAAUAAUAUAUUUCAUUCAAUGUAGCUUUUACAAAAAAUGGUUAAUCCAUCUUAAAUGAAUAUUUUUGCAACUGCUGCUCUUGUCUCCUUGUUUGCAGGUCUUAUACGAGAGAUACCUUGUGAAUUAUUGGAUGAAAAGGUAAAUCAAUUUAUUAAUAUAGAAACUUAAUUGGAGUUUAUUAAAUAUGUUUUUAAAUGAUGUUGAGAAAUUCUUAGAAAACUUAAAGAAAUUUAAAGACUUUAUUAAUAAAAAUUAGAUUACAUCAAAAAAUAUGCAAAUAGCUAAUUAUUGGAUUCAAAAAUAUAAUGAAAUAUAAUAAGAGUAAAAUCAAUUCAUUAAUUUAGUAAUUAAUAUUCAGUUUCAUAUGCAUUCAUUUAAAUUACAUAAAUGAUAAUAAAACUUGAUAAAUAACUUAAUUAGAGAUUGCCUUCAAGUCCUGCAAGGUCUUUGUCUGCGUCACCAAGCCCAAAGAUGCAUGAUACUGAUGAUAUUGAUGAAAUCGAUGAAAUUAAAACCUAAGCUGAAAGAAUGAGUGUAAGAGAUCCAGCAAAAACAAAAGGGUUGAAACUCUAAAUAGUCCCAAAUAAACCUAUCUAAUAAACACCUUCACAUAAACACACAUAAAGCCAAUAAAUAAAAUAAAUCCCAUCUAUUCAUGCCCCAAUUAUUCCAAAAAAGAAAUGAC